AUGGGAGACAAGAAGAGCCCAACCAGGCCGAAGCGGCAGCCGAAACCCUCCUCGGACGAGGGCUACUGGGACUGCAGCGUCUGCACCUUCCGCAACAGCGCCGAGGCCUUCAAGUGCAUGAUGUGCGACGUGAGGAAGGGCACCUCCACACGGAAACCUCGACCUGUCUCUCAGCUGGUUGCACAACAGGUCCCACAACAAUUUGUGCCCCCUACACAAUCAAAGAAAGAGAAAAAAGACAAAGUAGAAAAGGAAAAAAGUGAAAAGGAGACAACAAGCAAAAAGAACAGUCAUAAGAAAACCAGGCCAAGAUUGAAAAAUGUGGAUCGAAGUAGUGCUCAGCAUUUGGAAGUUACCGUUGGAGAUCUGACAGUCAUAAUUACAGACUUUAAGGAGAAAACUAAGUCACCACCUGCUUCCAGUGCUGCUUCUGCAGAUCAACACAGUCAGAGUGGUUCUAGCUCUGACAACACAGAAAGGGGAAUGUCCAGGUCAUCUUCACCCAGAGGAGAAGCAUCAUCACUGAAUGGAGAAUCUCAUUAAAGUUUAUUUCUGGUUUCUUUAGUCUCUUCAAAACAUGCAAAUACAUAACUUCUGUCACCUGUUACCACAUUUUCAUGACAGGAUAUUCAUGCACAAUUGAUACAUUGACUGGAACAUAAUUUAUGCAUUUAAAAAGAAAAAAUGAAAAAGUGCAGUGGUAGAAACAAUAAUUUAAAUGCAAUCUAGAAAUGCUUACAUAGCAUUUUUCAGGCCAACUUUUUAAUUUUCAUGUGUAAAGGUGCCAUGAAAAUGUGGUUUGAAUGUUCAUUAUGCAGUGUUAUUGGUAAGUCCAUUUUCACUUUUAGUUUAGUAAAUUCUAACACAUCUCUUGGAGUCUCUAUUAUUGGCAUGUACUGAAUUAAAAUUUUUAUAACAUAGUUC